AUGGCGACCUCAUUAUUGCGCAGCUUGCUGACACCGGCGCUGCGUAUGCCUGCUGUAUCGACGGCAAAAGCUUCUACAUCCUUAUCCCAAACUCUGCGAAGAAAUUUCUCUGCGACGCCUACGCCAUUUGCUACAUACAACCAAGUUGCAAAGGGAUGUCGUUCUGCACAACGAGCACGUAAAGCUGUUUCGCCAGCGCUGCGAGAUGUCAAUGCCCCCGCGUUAAAAGGAGUCUGUCUAAAAGUCGGAAUCACAACACCAAAGAAGCCCAAUUCGGGACAGAGGAAAACUGCGAGAGUACGCUUGAGCACGGGUAGAGUGGUUACGUGUUAUAUACCAGGCGAAGGACACAAUGUGCAGCAGCAUUCGGUCGUGUUAUGUAGAGGUGGGAGAUCACAGGAUUGUCCCGGUGUGAGAUAUCAUUUGGUCAGAGGUGCUAUGGAUUUGGGAGGUGUUGGAAACAGAGUUACGAGUCGAUCAAAAUACGGAACCAAGAAGCCUAAGAAGGCUGCUGCGUAA